AUGAGCAAGACAGAACAAACACACAGCAAAUCCCCGUCUUGCUCAACCCAAUUUUCCCUCUCCCUCUCCCUCUCAAAGGUGGUCCCUCCCCUUUCAUCAGUGAUGCAGUGCAGUAUUCCCCUCCAAGAGUAUUCCCCUCCAAGAGUAUUCCCCUCCAAGAGUAUUCCCCUCCAAGAGUAUUCCCCUCCAAGAGUAUUCCCCUCCAAGAGUAUUCCCCUCCAAGAGCAUUCCCCUCCAAGCGUAUUCCCCUCCAAGAGUAUUCCCCUCCAAGAGUAUUCCCCUCCAAGAGUAUUCCCCUCCAAGAGUAUUCCCCUCCAAGAGUAUUCCCCUCCAAGAGUAUUCCCCUCCAAGAGUAUUCCCCUCCAAGAGUAUUCCCCUCCAAGAGUAUUCCCCUCCAAGAGUAUUCCCCUCCAAGAGUAUUCCCCUCCAAGAGUAUUCCCCUCCAAGAGUAUUCCCCUCCAAGAGUAUUCCCCUCCAAGAGUAUUCCCCUCCAAGAGUAUUCCCCUCCAAGAGUAUUCCCCUCCAAGAGUAUUCCCCUCCAAGAGUAUUCCCCUCCAAGAGUAUUCCCCUCCAAGAGUAUUCCCCUCCAAGAGUAUUCCCCUCCAAGAGUAUUCCCCUCCAAGAGUAUUCCCCUCCAAGAGUAUUCCCCUCCAAGAGUAUUCCCCUCCAAGAGUAUUCCCCUCCAAGAGUAUUCCCCUCCAAGAGUAUUCCCCUCCAAGAGUAUUCCCCUCCAAGAGUAUUCCCCUCCAAGAGUAUUCCCCUCUGGUAAUAGACCCAUCUCACCCACCAGUGACGCAGUGGGGGUACGCAUUCCAGGCCUUCUCCUCCACUCGCAGGGCCCGCCGGGGGACCAGGGCUGCUAUCCACGCCGGCAGCUUCCUGAAAAUCGGGGAGGCGAGGUGGUGGGGGGGAGGGAUUGAGAGCAUAGAGAGGGGCAAAGGUGUGCUGUGA